AUGUUCAUUCGCCUCUGCUCAGACCGCAACAUCACAGCCCGAACUUCUAAUGACACAGGCGUGUGGGUCUCUGAACCAAAACGCAACGAUGAGCAGAGAUUUGCAGCUUUGGGGAUAAAAGUCCGCCGGCGCAUCACUAGUCACGGAUUUGCAUUGAACUGCAACACCGAUUUGGAGUGGUACGAGUACAUUGUGCCUUGUGGUUUGCCUGGGAAAGAUGUGACAACCGCGGAGGUGGUACCACACGCCCUCCGAGCUGUGAGCAAACCGUUCGAUGCUACCGUGGCAGCUCUAGCUGAGGUCUCGCCAGAAUUUGACUUUCAUAUUGAUAGACUGCUUGCGGCAGCGACUACAUGAGAUGUUUGUACAAGAAUACUUGUUCCGUUUGCGACAUCUUACGCACCUAUUUGAGGGCCUGCAAUUGGCAAUAACCUUUGCUAUAGCGAUCUGUCUGAUGCGAUUGGGUUGUUCGAGACCUGCAGUGCAGAUGUUGAACAACCUAAUCGCAUCAAAUCCGCUUCUCCCGAUCCGAGCUAUGGUCCUG